GAACGGCGCGGAACGAUCCUCCUAUCGUCAUGCGUCCUGCGGCGUUGGCGCGAUUCUCAACGGUAGUCGUCGGCUCUGGUGAACGGCGCGCGGCAGCUGCGCUAGUGCCCCCCCUCGUUCGUUUGUUCACGUUCACUCGUUCGCUCGCUCGCUGGUAUAUUAAUACACACAUAUAUCUACAUACGAGAGGCAGUAAAGCCGGCGACUCGACGGCGUCCAAGAAUAGUUAGUCGCGAUGCGCCACCGCGUGUGAGUGUUCUCUUGUCACUACUUUGACUUUCUGUGGUGUAUAAACUAAUAAAGAAAAAAGAAAAAAAACGAUAACAUCAGCGGACGUAGACCAUGGACGAGGAAGAGGUUGAUGGCGUGAGAUCGCCGAUCAAACGACUUGGUUCCACGAGGAAGCUGCUUGUCUUUAACAACAUCAGGCUGCAGCUGAACGAGCAGCUGAGAUGCCUGGACGUGCGGAUGGAGGCGCAGGUGGCGCUCGUCGCCGAGCUGCAGGACUUCUUCAGGCGGCGCGCCGAGCUCGAGCUCGACUACAGCAAGAGCCUCGACAAGAUGGCCAAGAGCAUUCAGAUGCGCCACAAGGAGCAGAAGCAAAAGCGUGAGCAGUGGCCGUUAUUCUCGUCGUACGCAUGCUGGCAACAACUCGUCAACGAGACCAAGUCGCUGUCGAGGGAUCACGCAGCCCUGUCCGAGAUCUACAGCACUCACCUGGUCUCCCGGCUGAACCAGGUGAUGGAGGACGUGCAGCGCAUCUACAGACGCUGCCGUGAGAUCGGCUACGAGACACACGAGGAGAUUCUGCGAGUGCUGCACGAGCUGCACACCACCAUGAAGACCUAUCAGGCUUACCAGGCCGAGUCGCGCCAGGCCGAGACGAAGCUGCGGGUGGCCGAGCAGCAGCGCACCAAGCUGGAGGUGGCCAACGCGCCGCCGGAGAAAUUGGCCAGGAGCAAAAAGUACAAGCUCAUCGAAAAGGAGGUCGCCAAGAGGAAGAACAAGUACACUGAGGCGAAGUUGAAGGCGCUCAAGGCCAGGAACGAAUACAUACUCUGCCUUGAGGCUUCCAAUACCACCAUACACAAGUACUUCGUCGACGACCUAUCCGAUCUCAUUGACUGCAUGGAUUUUGGUUUCCACAACUGCAUAUCCCGAGCACUGCUCAUGCACUGCAGCGCGGAGGAGGGUAGGCAGCGUUCGUUACAAGCUGGUGCCGAGCAGUUGGCCGCUUCAAUUGGUGCUUUGGAUUCACGUGCCGACAAGCAACGCUUCCUGGAGUCACAUCACGCGGCCUUCAUGAUACCGAAGAAAUUUGAGUUUCAGGGUCAGAGGGGUGACGAUUUGCCAGAACCAGAAUUGCAAAAGGUGCUACACACAGAGAUGGAGCAACGGCUUCAGCAAUUGCAGCAGAGGGUGACCACAUUGAAAACCGAGAGUGAAGAGGUAUGGAAGACACUGGAAACCGCCGAGGCAAGUUUGCUCGAGAUGCUCACGGCCAAGGAUUACGACUGCUCCAAGUACUUUGGUGAUAACGCGAUGCCUACGUCUAAACCCCCCGAAACGGUGCAGAUUAAGCUUAGGGCCGAUAGACAGGAGACAGAAGAGUUCUACCUCACGAAAUUUCGAGAAUAUCUUCUGGGAACGUCUAGGAUAGCGAGGUUAGACGCCAAGCAAGAGUACAUAAGACAAAGCCUGCUAGACGGCUCAAACUCUAGUCCCAAUCCGUCGAUCACGACCACCAAGCAGAAGCAAGCGCGUCGCAAGCGUAUCGGUCGUCUACAGAUGAAUGGCCAACCGAAAUUGUUCGGUGGCUCGCUCGAGGAAUACCUCGAAAGUACCAAUCUCGAGAUACCAUUGAUAAUAAAGAGUUGCAUAAGAGUGAUCAAUCUCUACGGUUUGCAUCACCAAGGUAUAUUCAGAGUAUCGGGUUCACAAGUGGAGAUUAACAAUUUCCGUGAGUGGUUCGAGCGUGGAGAAGAUCCACUCGCAGACAUGACUGACGCUUCGGACAUCAAUAGCGUGGCUGGUGUACUGAAACUUUAUUUGCGUGAAUUGAGAGAACCACUGUUCCCCAUCAUUUACUUUGAGCAGCUUAUGGAACUUGCGCAACUCGACUCGAAGGCGGAUUUCGUUACCAAGAUGAAACAAGUUAUCUCCGGUCUUCCAAGGCCAGUUGUCAUAGUUAUGCGAUACCUCUUUGCUUUUCUCAAUCAUCUUUCAGAAUUUUCCGACGAGAAUAUGAUGGACCCAUACAAUUUAGCCAUUUGUUUCGGACCAACGUUGGUACCAGUGCCAGAAGACAAGGACCAAGUUCAGUAUCAGAACCAAGUUAACGAAUUAAUUAAAAAUAUCAUUGUCCUUCACGAUGAAAUCUUCCCCGAUGACAUUGGAGGUAUCCAUUACGAAAAGUACAUAAGCCGAGAACCGGACGAUGUUGAUGUGGGAGACUCACCGACUGAUCAAGUACAAGAGGACAUGGACUCUGAAGUAUAUCCGUCAGAGGAUGAAUCAGAAAACCUCGAGGCUACGGCACAGUUUGACUUUAACGCACGAUCUGAGCGAGAACUUAGCUUUAAGAAAGGUGACACAUUGACGCUCUACACGCAAGUGAGCAACGACUGGUGGAGAGGGGCGCUUGCUGGCAAAGAAGGUCUUAUUCCCGAUAAGUACAUCAUGCUCAAGAUCAAAGAUGAAGAGCGAGACAAAGACUUGAAAUCAUCAUCGAGCGAAGAAUCGAUGCGAAGACGAGCUUCGAGCUCGGCCGAUAGUGUGUUAUCGAGUAAUAAUUCGCCACUGAUGGGACCAAGCAACAACGCUAAUAUUUGGCCGGCAGUAGUUGCGUGCGAAGCAGCCAUGGCUGCAAAUAUGAUGCACUCAGACAGUUCGAGCGCAAGCUCGAUGGUGCCAUGUGUAUCGUCGACAUCACCAGCUAUCAUCAGUCGUGAGGAUGCAGCGACAACGACGUCGACAAGCAAGGUAGCUAGCAUAGGCGCAGCGAUCAACAACAUCAGCAGCAAAGAAGAGCACCAAGAGUCAUUGCAAAAGCUCGAUCAAGCAGCGGCGAGUACCACCCACGAGAAGAUCUAUCAAGAAGACACAACAGCUGACGCUCCGAAGGCAGUUGUCGAGAACGACGAGGAGUUGGAGAAGUUGGUCGGCGAAUUGGAAACGAAACGUGGCGCAGCGAGGAAGCAGCAUUGGAAGUCACAGAGCGUUGGCGAAACAGGUCAAUCGUCGACCUGUUCGGCUCAGGACGACGCAGCCGAAGCACACGAGCUCACCACGUUCUCAGCCAAUCGGGAGUUGUGGCAGCGGCGUGCUGCCUCGCACACGCAACUCAAUCCACCGACACCCAAGCAGCUGUUCCGUGCGUCGCAAGAGUUUCGAGAGAUGAGGCAGAAGCACACACCCGAUCUCGUGAUGGAUCUCCCACUAUCGGCGCAAGACCUCGGUAAAAAGUCCCAGUCGACGAGUAGUCUCAGUGGUAGCUCCGACGAGGAGUGUCCAAGCGGUAACCCACCCGCCACCGCCGUUGGACCCGAGUCCCCGGACAUGAGUACAGCAGCUGAAAGAUUCGCCAAACAAAAUCAAUGCACACUGAAGAAGAACACGAAGAGUUCCAUUGAUAACGGCAAAGGGGCCGAGUCUGAAAGCGAAAACGACGUCGUGGAGAUCGUUCGCUCGGACAGUUCCAAUCAGAUAUCCGAUAAUCCGCCGCUAAGAUCACCGAUACCUUCGAGAUCGACGCCGAAGAUCGCCGCCAAAUUCGCGGAUAUGCAUCUCACAGGUGGAAGUCAGAUGCAAGGCCAACAGUUCAAGCCGCAGGUCAAGGCUAAACCUACGAUUUUGCGCAAGCCCGUGCUGCCGUAUCCUCAUCCACACAUGAGUCCUGAACUUGCACGUAAGAUUGAGAAGCAGGCUCAUCAGGCAAACUGCGAACAGUAAUUUAUUUCUUUUGUUUGUUGAAAAACAGCUGAUAAAAAGAGAUAAUUAAUUUUUUUAAAUGACGUGUAUGCUCUUUGAUAGAAAACAAACAAAAAAGCCCUUUGGACAUUAUUUUUUUACCGACCCAGAGAAGAGCAAAGGGGUGGAUUAUUUGCGAGCGUUCUAGUCACGACCGCUAAAUUUUUUUAUUGUUAUUUAUUAUUUUUUUAGCGUGUUUGGAGCAAAUCGAUUGUUCCUUUCGUGCCAGUGAAACGAGAGACGAGAGAGUAUGCGAGUUUUUAUGGAGUUUGUUUGGUAUACUGGAUACAGGGAAUGAUGUCGAGACCGCAGGGUACUAAUAUGUACUGAUGUUAAAAUUAUUAUUAGAAAGAUUUGCAAAUUUAUUUUUUUCCUUUUUAUUUCUUUCCUUUCCUUUUUUUUAAAUUUGGUUAGUAUGCAUAUGUAUCUUCGCUAGGGUGGCUAAAUGUAUCACACGUCUUAACUCACACAAACAAGUCCAACGUUCAAGUUUUUACUAACUGUUAUUAUGUAUCUGGAUAAUCCAGAAAGCGAUGUUCGAUACGUUAACGUAUAUAUACAUAUAUUAUAUAUUCAAUUUAAGAAAAAAUAAUAACACACGGUGUACAAUAAUAAUUGCAGCGAGCAUUAAUUGUCAUGUAUGCGCCGGCGUUAGUUAUUUAAUUGUGGUAUUUGAAUUUUGACAAAGAGCAUUGUAGCUACUCGAGUAUACUCAUGCCUUUUUCCUUAUGAUCGCGAUUGAUAACCAGUGUGACGAUUGCUGUGUACACUUCAGUUAAUAAGUGUAUAUCGUAUAAUGCAUUACAUACCUGCGUGUAUGCGUAGAAUAAUAGUAAGUAAAAAACAAAAAGGAAACAUCCAUAAAUGCAUAUAUUCUUUAAAAUAUAUAAUGAAUAUUCUUUGAAAUGUAUGAUCAAUAACUGCGUGUGUAUGAGAUAAGCUACAUUUCGGUUCAGGGUGACUAGAAACAAAACUAUCAAUAAUAUGAUAGCUUUAUUAUCACUAUCAUUGUAAUACUCUUAGUUUGUAAAAGAAUCACUAUCGAUUACUUACAAAAAUGGUACGAAAUAACAGUACAAGAGAGAACGAUGAAAUUUCUUCUCCGUGCUGCAAUAUAAAAUGCCAAAGUUAAAAGGAGCGUCAACUUCUUGUAACAUAUUUUUUUUAAUGCAACCUGAAAUUCAGUUUUAAAGUAUGUCUGUCAGAUGAUGGAUAAAACCCAAGUACCAAGAAAUCACAUCUGUAUAGUAAUUUUUUACCUGAAAAAUUGUAGUUAGUAGGAUUAAUUUUUUAGUUGAUUGCUAGUUUAUAAAUUUAAUAUAGUUAAAUUUUUUCUUAAUUAGUCCGUGACUUUAUGAGAAUUAGGAAGAGUACAUUCAAGUUACAACUCCUUCUACUCCUUGAAGAUGUUUUCAAUGGUGUUUUUCAUAAUAAUUAAAAAGACUUUAUUGUGUAAUGAUAAAAUAACACUUACAGGCUGUAAUCUUCAAUGAUAAAAAUAAAUAUCCAGAUGUAAGGUGCAGUUCGCUACCGUUUAUCAUUCUCCUUAUCUAUUACUUAUUCCUGAAUCAUUUUUUUCGAACAUUUACUUUCAUGCCUAAAUUUAUGAUUUGUAUCAUUUUUUAAACAACUUUUUAAAAAUACUGGAUUAAAUAUUCAGGCGUUAAAAUAGAAGUAACUCUGUAUAUUUGAUUUAAUACAUAGAACAUGUAUUGUUAUAUAGCUUUACAAAUCUAUAAAUAACCGUUAAUUUGAGAUGUUAUACCAGUGAAUAGCAUGGAUGGUUCACUAUUUAUAUAAUUGGUAAUGUGAAAUGUUAAAAAGUCGAACAAUUUCGAUCUGUUUCACUUCUAAUCACAGUUUAACUAUCACUUUCCUACGUGCAUAUAUUAGGGUUUGUACCGUAGUCUAGGGAAUAUUAACACCAUUCACAUAUGCAAUCACUAUAAUGUAAUGGUUAUCGGGAGUACGGAUCUAUUAUAAAAAAUAGUGGCGUACAUUCCUUUACACGAUUUUGUUGACGUUAAAAUUAGCACCGUGGUGGGCUAAAAAUUUAAUGAGUGUCUAUCCUAGGAGCGUGAUGUAGUUUAUAUCGAAGUCAAAGUGUCGUAGUAUUUCAAAUUAUUUAAUUGGGGAUUUUGAGUUUGAAUAAGUUCGAGAACUGGCAAUAUUUUGCUUAGCCAUUUUUAUCUAUCUUUUGUUUAUAACUUUGUUUAUAUUUAUGUUUUUUAUUUCGGAGAAUCAAUUUUUUGAGGGUGCCAAAUCCAAAAUCCGUCGUUUUUUUUGUGUUUAACAAUUAAAUUGUUUAAUCAACAAUAACUUUUUAUCUAUAACAUACAGCGAAGUUAUGAUUAAACACAUUGAUGGCAAUUUUUAAUACAUUUUUCAUUUUUAAUUUAAAAAAAUUAUUGAUUAUAGAACCAAAGUUACAUGCAAAUUAAUGCAAAAAUACUGCAAAUACAUCCUCUUUUCCCAUUCGAUAGAUCGUAUCUUGGCUUUUAAAAAUGCUAUUUGAACGUUUCAUAGUUUCUUUUAGAGAAGAUACUUUGCUAAUCAAAAUUAGCAGUCAUGUAUCAUUUAAGUGAUAUGG